AGGCUAAAUACUGAAUAAAGUUGGCUGUAAAUUUAGUGAAAUGUGUGUUGGGGUUAGGAUCGUGAAGUAUGACACUCAUGCCUUAUUGGUCAGCAAAUAAAACUAUAUACCUUCUUUAUGUCUCCACCAACACAGCAAGCUGAAUAUUUUUAUUAACUGACCAAUGACGAUUUUCUAUGGACUUUACACAAUCGAUAAGGAUGUAAAAUAAUUUGUUUGCAUUGCUCUAAUGAGAGUCAUUGUCCAUAUUCUCCAUAAUCUAUAUAUUCUUGUGUUUUCUGUUCCAACCUACAUGAUGUCCAGUUAGAGCCGAGAAUCUGGAUAUGUGGACAACUGGCAGUCAGAGAAGACUGUCACAGAGUGUAAUCUGCGCAUGCUCAACACGGAAGACUUAAGUGACGUCACCUUCCGUGUAGGAUCAGAGAAACAGGUGGUCCGAGCACACCGCUACGUUCUUGUCAGUCGCAGCUGUGUCUUCCAUGCCAUGUUCUGUGGCCCCCUGGCGGAGACAGGGGAGGUAACCAUCCCUGACAUUGAGGCAGACAUCUUCAAAGAGUUCUUGAGGUAUGUGUACACAGACCAGGCCACUAUCGACGCUGAAACAGUCACAGGACUAAAGUACACCUCCAGGAAAUAUUCUCUAGAUGCAUUGUAUAAACUGUGUGAAACGUUCCUAGAACAGUCCCUGUCAGAAGACAAUGUCUGUCAGAUUCUGGAGGAGUGUCAUUGUUACGGGGAGCUGGACGUGGAACAGAAGGUCCUGGAGAUUCUUACUCAAGGAGGGAAGGAAGUCAUCCAAUCUCCCGGCUUUGUGAAACUUUGCUCUGAUUGUAUGAAUAAGUUUGUUAGGUCAGAUGGUUUAUAUUUGAAAGAGGAAGACGUAUUUGACGCAGUGCUGUCCUGGACAAAGGAAAGAUGCCGGGAGGAAGGUUGGAUUGACACGCCUGAGAACAUACGGAGACUCCUGGGAGAUAUGAGGUAUGAGAUCCGGUUUACAAGCAUCCCCCUGGAGUAUCUGGUGAAGGUUGUCGGGAGAUCUGGCGUGCUGACAGGGGAUGAGAGAAUACGAAUAAUGGACAGAACCGUAGACACAACUGUUGACAUAUCUCCAUAUAAACAUUCACAGAGAAAUACUAUCGGCUUGAAACGGAAGGCAUCCUGUAAAAGAGUGGAGUGGUUUAACGCAAUCGGAUUUAGUUGCAACACAGGUAAAAUCUCUACUGAGAUAAGUACAGUCUCCUUCUCAGCUAGUCGUAGCAUUCUCCUCCUGGGGUGUCCUCUGUAUGGUGCAUUUACUGUAGAUGCAGAGUAUACACUGACAAUCAGAGUGUAUGACGCCAAUAACGGGAUGAUUGAUGAACCGUUCGUGAAGACAAGGAUGACGCUUCAAGGCAGUAAAGUGUUGAAUGACGUCCUGUUUCCCAGGUUUAUUUCCCUCACAGCAGGUGCGACCUACACUGUGUACGUUGACAUGAAGGGUGUAAGCCGAACUGCCACUGGUAGGGAAAGAAAUUCUACAGUAACAGAGGACGGAGUACAUUUCACGUUUACAGACUCUCCAAUGUCUACUACAGACACAUCAACACAGAGAGGACAGAUACCUGGCUUGUUGUACAGUCUCCCGCUGCCAUAGGCAGUACUGGUGUAUCAGGUGUGUUUCGCUGACUGCUAUGGCGAUGAUAUAUGAUAAUUUGAUACCAAGCAAACCAGAUCAUCUUCCAUAUGAUCAUAUUAACAGGUUGAAUCCCAUUAAAUUCCAUCUGACUAUCAGUGACAUCUGGCUUGAACUCACUGGUGAUGUCGACUACGUUACAUCUGUGUAGUACAGGGAGUAAAUCAACACUUAAACAAUUCCCACCUAUACAACAUGGUUGUUUGCACCUUUCAGAAUACAUGAGAGGACAAGGAGGUGAUUGCUGAUAUUUGCUUCGAAAUAAAUGUUCUUAAGAUUUGUAGAUAUAACUCGUAGGUCUAUUUGCCUUUGAGGCAUCUUACAUACUGACGUCAACAGCAUAAUGUAUUGUGCGUGGUUGGAUUGACGUAGUGACGUAAUGAAGGGUGAAGGUCGUUUUGGUUACUCACCGUUUGUAAGGCACGUGAAAACACAAAUGCACGUGUGCUUUGUUUUGUGUUUCGUUAAUCAUACUUCCCCUUGAUAUUGAUCAGGACAUUGCGGCUGAACUAUGCUGUAUCUAAGAUGUGGUUUUGUAUUCAGUGGACCCGUGAAGAUCCAGGGUAGAAUAGGUCUUCAGCAACACAUGCUUGUCGUAAGAGGCGACUAACGGUUUCGGAAGGUCAUGUCAAUGUAACACAAUUACGGAGUCAUGCUCAUUAUAUCAAUCACUGGAUUGUCUGGUCCAGAUUAUUUACAGACCGCUGUCAUAUAGCUGUAAUACCGCUAAGUACGGCGUUAACCAAAAAAAAGUGAUAGAUUAUUUCUAUUCUCUUCAACAACAAACACUCGGACUAGUUUGUUGAAAGUCGUAGUGUUAAAUCUAUUGCAAGUGUGCUCAGUUUAACAACUACAGUCAAUCCGAUAAGCCAUGUAUAUAUUCCUUAUGUUAGACAUGAGUUGCAAAAGAGUUAUUUAUACCCAAUGAUCAAUCAUCCUUUUAAUCAGCCCUCUGUUGCUAUUCAAGACGAAUGUGUACUUGUUUAUUAUAAUCUCGUUAAUAUUGCCUAUACAGUAAACUAAGGUUAUAGCGAACUCAAAGAGACCACAAAUUCAAGUUCGUUAUAACCGUAAUUCGUUAUAAGCAUAUAUAUAGCAUAUAUACAGAAAAUGUCAGGGACCUAUAACCCAGUUUUUUAUAUUUCCCCCAGUUCGUUAUAAGCGUGUUCGUUAUAACCGUAGUUUACUGUGUAUGCAUGUAUGUGGUCUCUGUAUCAUUACCAUGUCACUUUCUUCAUAUCGGUGUCAAAGUCUGCUACGAGACAUUGCUACGAUUGUAAUACAGAAGUUGGUCAUCACUUUUACAGAAUUUA